AUGAGUUCAAAUACUAAGGAAGGGAAGAGCACACUCGCCAGACUUCUGGAAAGUGCUUUGUUCACCGAUGUUAAAGUCUUUGCUGGCCCCAAAAGACAAGAGUUCAACCUCCACCGCGGUGUCCUUAGCGUGAACUCGGAGUUCUUCAAAAUUGCUUGCCAACGCGACCGGUUUAAAGAAGGAAACUCUGGAGAAAUAGAGUUACCUGAGAUCAAGGCCGAAGUUUUUUCUUUGGUCGUGACUUGGCUUUAUGAUGGCGGGUUUACAUUCCCGGAUGAUUAUCCCGAGAUCGUAAUUGAAGUCUAUCGGGCAGCCGAAUUCCUUCAAAUUCCGGGUUUACAGGCGGGGGUUGUUCAAGCUAUUCUGGCCUAUAGCGAAUUGGAGCUUCCCGGGAAGACAGAGGACAAAAGAUAUCAAUUCUUCGGAUUCUUUGUGGCGUUCUGCGCCGUUUGUAGGUCAUCGGAUCUACCGUUAUUGAUAAAGUGUGCGAGCGAGGUUUCUAGCGGCCCCUCCUUGUGUCCGACUAUUCUGCUUGAGAAAUUUGAAGAUAGAUCUGCUGGAAUGUUUGCGGCUACGAUAAUGGGUGUAAAGCAUGCUGGAUUUGGAGGAUGCUCGAGGUGCCGCGAAACCAAGACAGCACGCCCACAUAAAUCGAAGAAAAUUAUUGUAAGAGUUGAUUGA